GCAUAUGUCUGUCAUUUUCCAUUUUUAUUUCCUCUAAUUUCCUUACCAAACAUUGUGAACAGGCUAUCAGCUGACCGAAGAAGACAAGUCCCUCCAGGCCUCCACCCUCUACUUUUCUCCUCUGCAGAAGUUCUUCUUCUUCUUCUCCUCCUCCUCUUCCUCCUCAGUGUCUUCAUUCUUCUUCUCCUUUGCUUUCGCUUUCCCUUCUCUGUAGGAUUUUUGUUCAUUCCCUAUACAGUUUCCGAAGACACGUCUUUGUGAGCUUUUUCUCUGUGAAGACUGCUCUCUGCUCCUGCUAUUUCCAUGGCCGGCCGUUACGAUAAAAACCCUUUCGACGAAGAAGAAGAAGAAGUCAAUCCCUUUUCUGAUCCAGCAGUUAGGGGAAAGGCUGGACAGCCAAACUAUGGUGGAGGUGCAUUUUACACCACAAAUCCUGCAACAAACUCUAGACUUUCACCUCUGCCGCCUGAACCUGCCGGUUUCAACUAUGGCUAUGAUGCGACAAUUGAUAUACCCAUUGACACAGCUACAGGGGGACGGAAUUUUAAGGAUUUGCAAAAGAAAGAGAAGGAACUCCAAGCUAAGGAGGCUGAAUUGAGAAGGCGUGAGCAGGAGGUAAAACGGAAAGAAGAUGCUGCUGCACGAGCUGGAAUUGUUCUUGAAGAGAAGAAUUGGCCUUCUUUUUUUCCAAUUAUCCAUCAUGAUGUUGCAAAUGAAAUUCCAAUCCAUCUGCAAAAACUGCAGUAUACUGCAUUUUCAACAUUCUUAGGAUUGGUUCUAUGCCUUACUUGGAAUGUCAUUGCUGUUAGUGCAGCGUGGAUUCAGGGAGAAGGUGUGAAAAUUUGGUUCCUAGCCAUUAUCUACUUCCUAGCUGGGGUACCAGGAGCCUAUGUGUUGUGGUAUCGGCCUCUUUACCGUGCUUUUAGGACCGAAAGGGCCAUCAGCUAUGGAUGGUUUUUCAUUUUUUACGCAGUCCACAUUGGCUUCUGCAUCGUAGCUGCAAUUGGUCCUCCUAUAUUUUUCAAAGGAAAAUCUUUCACGGGCAUUCUGUCUGCGAUUGAUGUUGUGGACAAGCAUGCUUUCGCUGGGAUCAUGUACUUCAUUGGAUCUGGAUUAUUCUGUCUUGAAACAUUAGUCAGCAUCUGGGUUCUUCAGCAAGUUUACAUGUAUUUCCGAGGUAGUGGAAAAGCUGCUGAGAUGAAGCGAGAGGCUGCAAGGGGAGCUGCGAGGGCAGCACUAUGAAGUGGCUAAAGUCGAGACGGCGACUGCACGUAUGAACCUAGAUUGUAUAUGGACUUAGUCACAUAAAAUGUAGAUAGAGAGACAAAUCGCUCGAGUUUGCUGUUUCCUACACCUUUUCACUCUUUUUUUUUAAUAGCAUUGAUCUGAGUGCUACCAUUUGUUCAUGUGGUUUACUGGAGUUUCGUUGAGAGGACUAUGAUAAAAAACGAGCUACAAUCACUUCUGUAUUUAAGUUGAUCCUA